ACUAGCACAGAAACCGAAAGAUGCAUUACACAAAACAUUUGUGUUGUGAAAGAAAAAGCACUCACCUGCACUCUCCAUCAUCUGCAGCUAUAAGUCUCCUGUCCAUGCUUAGAAAUACCUUCCAGCGAGGAGGUCAGCAGCUUAUGGCUCUAAGUGUAUCAAGUCCCGGAAAAUGUAGAAUCUUCCCUGAGAGAGGACAGAGGAAAGUCAGAGUACGUCUCCAACUCCUUGAGACGAUGCACCUCAUGGAGGUUAAACUGAUUCUGUGCUUCAUCUGCUUUAGUCUGAUGGCUGUCACCAUAAGGGCUCAAGUCAAUCCAGAAAUUUGCCGCUAUCCUCUCGGUAUGACCGGUGGCCAGAUCCAGGACGAGGACAUCACCGCUUCCAGUCAGUGGUCAGAGUCCACUGCCGCACGAUUUGGAAGACUCGACUUUGACACGGGCGACGGCGAUGGGGCCUGGUGUCCUGACAUCAUGUCGGAGCCGGACGGCUUCACAGAGUACCUCCAGGUGGAUUUGCGCUCGCUGCACUUCAUUACCCUUGUGGGCACCCAAGGUCGCCACGCCGACGGCAUGGGGAACGAAUUUGCCCAGAGAUACAGAAUAAAGUACAGUCGGGACGGCAGCAGCUGGGUGGGCUGGCAUGACAGGACGGGAAAGCAGGUUAUCGAGGGCAACAGGAACACAUAUGAUGCGGUCCUGAAGGAUCUUGAACCCCCCAUCAUAGCUCGCUUCGUCCGCUUCAUGCCCGUCACCGAUCCCUCCAUGAUCGUGUGUAUGAGAGUGGAGCUCUACGGCUGUGAAUGGCUCGACGGUCUGGUGUCUUACAACAUUCCAGAUGGACACCAAAUGAUCUACAGAGGCCUGGAGAUCUUCUUUAAUGACUCUGUGUAUGAUGGAGCAACAGCUCAAAGACUGACCAAGGGCCUGGGCCAGCUGACAGAUGGAACCUGGGGUUUGGAUGAUUUUCUGCACAGCCACGUCCCAGGAGUGUGGCCUGGGUAUGACUAUGUGGGAUGGAGCAACAAGACUUUCCCUAAAGGUUACGUGGAGAUGAUCUUUGACUUUGACCACAUCCGCAACUUCACUUCAAUGAAGGUUCACUGCAGCAACAUGUUCAGCCGUGGAGUGAGGCAGUUCAGACAGGCCACUUGUUACUUCCGCUCCGAAUCAGAAUGGGAGUCGGACCCUGUGAGCUUCAGGCCGGCCGCUGAGCCCCCGAGCCAAAGCGCCCGGUUUGUCACCAUGCCCCUCGGGGACCGGACGGCCAGGAGCAUCAAGUGUCGUUUUCACUUCAGCGACCAGUGGAUGCUGUUCAGUGAGGUGGCCUUCCAGUCAGGCUCUGCAGUUUACAACACGUCACUGGGUCCCAACAAAGAUGGACGAUCCAAAAAAACACUGCUAGGUGAUGACCCCACUCACAAGGUGGAUGACAGCAACACAAGGAUCCUGAUCGGCUGCUUGGUGGCUAUCAUAGCCAUCCUUUCGGCUAUCAUAGUCAUCAUACUGUGGAGGCAGGUCUGGCAGAAGAUGCUCGAGAAGGCUUCCCGCCGCGGGCUGGACGAUGAGCUUACAGCUCGUCUUGCCGUUCAGACCCAGGCCUUCUACUUCCUUAACUCAUCUCUGUCCAGUGAGGAUGGUUCCACGUCCACGUAUGAGAGAAUCUACCCUCCCCGUGCCGACUACCAGGAGCCCUCUCGCCUCAUCCGCAAACUGCCUGAAUUUGCUGAGUGCACAGACCACCUUGAGUCAGGAGCCUCCUGUAGAGCAGCCAUUAGUUCUGACGUUGCUCCACACUAUGCUGAGGCAGACAUCAUCAGUCUGCAGGAGUCCUCAGACAACAGCUCCAUCACAGCUGUCAGCAUAAACCUCUUUGCUGGAUCAGAUUCAACCCUGAGGGAGUUCCCCAGAGAGAGGCUCACCUUUAAGGAGAAACUAGGGGAGGGCCAAUUUGGGGAGGUGCACUUGUGCGAGGCUGUGGGCAUGCAGGACAUUUUAGAUGAGGAUUUAUCGGUGGAGGGUGGCGGCGAAUCUCCUCUCCUCGUAGCUGUAAAGAUGCUGCGUGAAGAUGCAAACAAAAACGCCAGGAAUGACUUCCUGAAGGAGAUCCGAAUAAUGUCCCGUCUGAGGGAUCCCAACAUCGUCAGCCUGCUGGCGGUGUGCGUGGACACAGACCCUCUGUGCAUGAUCACAGAGUACAUGGAAAACGGAGACUUAAACCAGUUCCUGUGCAGUCUCAGACAAAAGGCAGACCGAGAGGAGGGGAAUGAUGAAGUCAGUUACAUGAAACUGUUAGGCAUGGCGGUGCAGAUCGCAUCCGGCAUGAAGUACCUGUCCUCUCUCAACUUUGUCCACCGGGAUCUGGCGACCCGUAACUGCCUGGUGGGAAAGAACGACACCAUCAAGAUUGCAGAUUUUGGCAUGAGUCGUAACCUCUACAGAGGGGACUACUUCCGCAUUCAGGGCCGUGCCGUCCUGCCAAUUCGCUGGAUGUCCUGGGAAAGCAUCCUCUUAGGUAAGUUCACCAUGGCCAGCGACGUGUGGGCCUUCGGGGUGACUCUGUGGGAAAUUCUGACUCUUUGCGAGGAGCAGCCGUACUCGCAGCUCUCUGACGAGCAGGUGAUCGAAAACACAGGGGAGUUCUUCCGGAACCAGGGCAAGCAGGUAUGCCUGCCCAAACCUCAGCGUUGUCCUGAGAGAAUCUACAACGACCUCAUGCUAAGCUGCUGGCGGAGAAACGCCAACGAAAGGCCCAGCUUCCAGGAGAUACACACCCAGCUGACGGAGAGCAUGGCAUAGCUGAUGAGAUGUGGAGCAAAUUCUCAAAACCCAAACUUUCCACCCCUCCACUUUCACAUUUAUACACCUCACAAGUGUUUAUGUCUGCUGAAGGGUUGGCUUCAAGCAAGAAGUGUCACUUCUGGUUUAACUGGUUCAGUAAUAGAAGGGCAUCAUGCUUAACAUAAGAAAUAAGGUCUGUUACAAAAGUAAAAUGCCGGAUUGCUUAAUAAGUUAGAAGAUAACCAGGUUUACCAAUAAACAGAUAUCAUGGGAUAUGUGAAAAUUAAAAAUCCCAAAAAUACGAGUUAUUCUCAGCUAAAUCACGAUGAUUUUACAGAAUAUUGGCUUAUCAAGUACAUUUGAUCACAUGAAACCACGUGAUAGGAUAUGCAAUACUAUUAUGUUUACUCUAAACUAAAAAAAUAGGUUUUUUUUUAAAUAUAAAAAUCAAAAUGCUGUGAAAUCAAAUGUUCAUUUAAAAAAUACUCUUUAACUCGAUGGGUUUCACAAACAACACUUAUAGCAAGGGUUGAUUCGCAAUACCAGGAAGAAGCUAUUUGGGGUUAUUUUACCAGGGACUUUCUUAUAUUGCUAAAGUUAUUCAAGCUGGAUUUAAGAUUAUCUGUUUGGCUCCAAACUUUUACAUCUCAUGUGAAAACAGAACGUGUGUAUUAAUGGACCAAUCUUUCCUAAUGAGUCAGGAGAGUGGAUAAUAGAGCUGUUUGGGGAUCGGUGUAUUUAAACUUUUUUUUUUCUUUGUAUUAACUAAUAAAGACAAAACAACAAUUCCUCUCUGACAGGCUGCCUGUCGUCAACGUGGAUGCUUCCCGAUGAAUUUAAAAUGGACUCAGUGAAAACAGAGGAAUGGUAUUUCUAUAUGACAUUGUGAUGGUGUCUCAAAUAAAAACAAGUACUGCUCCUGUAUUUCUGUAAGCAAUAAGCAGCACUUAUACACAGCAUCCACAUGUACAUGUAUUUAUUAUUAUAUUAUUUUUAUAUUCUUUCUGUGUAUAGUGCACUAUGAAAAUCUCUUAACACAUUGCAAUAUAUCUAUAUAUUGCAAUGCAACUUUAAGAUAUACAAAGACAGAGAGUCCUGCAGGCACACAGUCACACCUAAUUGACACAUCUAAGAGCUAUUUAGAAUGGCUAAUCAACCUAACAUGCCUGUUUUGGACAGUCACUUUGGACAGUGGCAAGAAGCCGAGUACUUAGUCAACACCUAUGCAGGAACAGGUAAAACAUGCCGACCCAAUUUGUUGAACAUAUAUUUAAAAUAUACUGGUAUUUCUAGAAGUUUGUGUCUCCAUGCACUAAACAUUCCCAGGAUCUCCAGAAAGGAAAGAGGCCCACAACAUCACAGAUCCUCUACCAGGGAGCCUGGAGAAUGUUUCCACUCAUAGGUUCUAUGUUUCACUGCAGGCAUUUUAGCAACUGUCUUCUUGUUUAGUUUUAAUGUUGCACAGGUAGAUUACGCACAUGGUAGGGGCUUUGUCGGGAUGAUGUGUCAUGACGUGUUACAAACACGUUUGUUGCUGCUGCAGUAAUCCAAAUACGGUAUACAUGGUUGCCUGCCCGUCUGCCACCAAAACGUUCCUGUAAAUAAAGUUACAACUACCAGUUUUGUUUUGUCGCUUU